AUGUUACUGGAAGAUCAGAGAUUUAUUCACGAAGACCUAGAGAGGCUUGAGCAAGGAAUCACUGACCGCGUUGCUGAAGAACCUCGUAAUAGACCGUUUGCUGAUUAUAGGAACGAUGAUGAACAGACCCGAGAACGACUUGUUCGUGACCAUCAAGUCGCUGGCUUUCUCACUCGCAUUCAAGAACAGUCCCAACGAUUGCUCGAUAUAUAUCAAGAUGCAAACGGACUUCGCGCCAAAGAGAUUCAGUCACUGUCCGUCGGUGACCCGAUGGAAGAGUUCUAUAAGCAUUUGGAAGAGAUAAAGGAUUUCCACCGCCGGUACCCAAAUGAACCCGUUGAAAACCUCGAAAAGGCAUACAGGCAGGGCUCUGGCGAAAACGAUACCGCAAUACAGGAUAUAGAGAAUAUGUUCACUGGAGAGGAAUCGCUUGGCCAGUUCUUCGACCUCACAAAACUUCAUGAACUUUACCUGAAUUUACCGGGGGUGAAGAGAUUGACCUAUCUACAAUACCUGGACUUAUUCGACGUAUUUACUCAGCCAGAGCUACCUGUGAAGAGGGCCAACAAACUCACAGAUCAGUACUUCAACUAUGUCGGCGAACUUGCUGCAUAUUUGGAGAGUUUUAUCAAACGAUCUAACCCACUGGAACCACUCGAUGAGCUUUUUGCAAGCUUGGAUACCGAAUUUGCAGAGCUCUGGGAAGCGAAGAAGUUACCCGGCUGGAACGAAGAGUCGCAAAGCAAGAACGGUACCGGGCCAAAGACAGAAGGCUCUGGGGAAGGAAUAUGGUGCCCCGAUUGCGAGAAGGAAUUCACAAACGAAAACGUUUAUAAGAACCACUUGAAGGGUAAAAAACAUAUACGAGCCGCUGAAGCAAAGCGAGGGGACGCCAACCCAGAAUCGCAGCAACCGAAGGCUGGAGACAACAAGGAUGCUAUACUUCGUGGUCUUAAAGAGCGUGCAGUCGCAGAGCGUGAACAUCGCAUUACAUCCUUAACGAAAGCCCUCAAAGACGAACGGCAAGCCACUCGUGUCAAUGUCGAGAGAAAGCAAGGCAUGACAGAGCGUGAACGUCAGAUGGAACUCGACGCGCUUUUCGCCGAUACUGGUGAUAGCCGUACUGGUCCGCGUAGAGACUCUGAUUCCGAGAGUGACAGCGACGACAAAGUUUACAACCCCUUGAAACUGCCACUAGCAUGGGAUGGAAAGCCUAUACCUUACUGGCUUUACAAGCUACACGGCCUUGGGGUGGAAUUCCCUUGCGAAAUAUGUGGAAAUUUCGUUUACAUGGGCCGUCGUGCUUUUGAUAAGCACUUUUCAGAGGCUCGACAUAUCUACGGUUUGAGGUGUCUUGGCAUUACGCAGCAAACGAGUCUGUUCAGAGAAAUCGUCAAAAUUGAUGAGGCACUGCGACUGUGGGAGUCACUUGAAAAGGAACGAAAACAUGAGCGGGAUAUCAAAGAGAAUGUGGUUCAGAUGGAAGAUGCUGAAGGCAAUGUUAUGCCUGAACGCAUCUACCUUGAUGUCAUUUGCAACGUUGCUAAUAAUGAAUAA